AUGCCUUACAGUAUUCUUAACUCGUUGCUCAUCAAGACUAUUGUUAAAAAUGGAAAAAAUCUGCAUGUGAAAUAUGCUACCCAGACGACUGCAUGGGCUCGACUGCUUUUAUCAAGAAAUGUACAGCAGAACUUUGUCAAAGCCAUCGAGAAGGCAGAUGUUCCCGAGGGAGCUGCCAGCGCCAUCCUAGCUAACAACAAGAUUAGCGAGACCGAGCACCCUAGUGAAAGUGAUAGUAAGGAUCACUUCACCACUGUUUACGAAGAUGAAAACGGAAAUUACAUCUCUACCAAGCAUGUUUACCCCUGA